UGGCGCUCUAGCCCGCGGUGUGCGGGGCGAACUCUCAGUGGUGCGGCCGGCGGGCGGCGAUGGCGGCCGUACGGGGCCUGCGAGUGUCGGUGAAGGCGGAGGUCCCGGCGGGGCCGGCCUUGGGGCCCCCGUCGCCUGAAGCAGAGUCAGGUUUGGACCGCGGCGAGCCGGAGCCCAUGGAGGUGGAGGAGGGCGAGCUGGAGGUCGUGCCGGUUCGGCGCUCGCUAAAGGAACUGAUCCCGGACACAAGCAGAAGAUAUGAAAACAAGGCUGGCAGCUUCAUCACUGGAAUCGAUGUCACCUCCAAGGAAGCAAUUGAAAAGAAAGAACAGCGAGCUAAGCGCUUCCAUUUUCGCUCAGAAGUAAAUCUUGCCCAAAGAAAUGUAGCCUUGGACCGAGACAUGAUGAAGAAAGCAUAUUUCUUUUUAAAAUACCUAUUAUCUGAACUGUUACAACGGGCUACUGGUGGAUUGUGCAACAGCAGGUGUCUUGUUUUUCUAGCAAUCCCCAAAGUGAGACUGGAGACAAUCUACAUUUGCGGCGUAGAUGAGAUGAGUACCCAGGAUGUCUUUUCCUAUUUUAAAGAAUAUCCUCCGGCCCACAUUGAGUGGUUGGAUGAUACCUCCUGUAAUGUGGUUUGGUUGGAUGAAAUGACAGCCACACGAGCCCUUAUCAAUAUGAGUUCCCUGCCAGCCCUGGAUAAGAUAAGAAGCAGGGAUGCCAAUGAGGACAAGUCGUCUGAGAAAAGUAAAAAAGACAAGCAGGAAGACAGUUCCGAUGACGAUGAGGCUGAAGAAGGAGAAGUUGAAGAUGAGAACGCAAGUGAUGUAGAGUUGGACACGUUGUCUCAGGUAGAAGAAGAAUCUCUGCUAAGAAAUGAUCUUCGUCCAGCGAACAAACUUGCUAAAGGAAAUAGGUUAUUCAUGAGAUUUGCUACAAAAGAUGACAAAAAGGAACUUGGAGCAGCGAGAAGAAGUCAGUAUUACAUGAAAUAUGGGAAUCCAAAUUACGGAGGCAUGAAAGGAAUUCUUAGUAAUUCUUGGAAGCGAAGAUACCAUUCCCGUCGCAUUCAGCGGGAUGUGAUCAAGAAGAGAGCCCUGAUUGGGGACGACGUUGGCUUGACAUCCUAUGAACACCGACAUUCCGGACUAGUGAAUGUUCCUGAGGAACCCAUCGAGGAGGAGGAAGAGGAGGAGGAGGAAGAGGCGGACCAGGACAUGGAUGCUGAUGACAGGGUGGUGGUGGAGUACCACGAGGAGCUCCCAGCCCUCAAGCAGACCCGGGAGCGGAGCACGUCUAGGCGGUCCAGUGCCAGCGGCUCAGACUCGGAUGAAAUGGACUAUGAUCUCGAACUGAAAAUGAUUUCCACCCCUUCGCCAAAGAAGAGCAUGAAAAUGACGAUGUAUGCGGACGAAGUGGAAUCUCAGCUGAAAAAUAUCAGGAACUCCAUGAAGGCAGAUACUCUGUCUACAAGCAAUAUAAAAAACCGAAUUGGUAACAAAUUAACACCUGAGAAAUUUGCAGAUGUCCGACAUUUGUUAGAUGAAAAACGUCAACACACACGUCCACGGCCACCUGGCAGCAGUACUAAAACAGAUAUACGCCAGCGAUUAGGAAAAAGACCACAUUCUCCGGAAAAGGCUUUUAGUAGUAACCCAGUCGUUCGGAGAGAGCCCUUUUCUGAUGUACAUAGUAGGCUAGGUGUUCCCAGGCAAGAUGUUAAAGGCCUCUACUCUGAUACUCGGGAGAAGAAAUCAGGUAGUUUAUGGAAUCGCUUAGGAUCUGCACCCAAGACCAAAGAAAAGAACACGAAGAAAGCGGAUCACAGGGCGCCCGGCACAGAGGAAGAUGACUCCGAGCUGCAGAGGGCAUGGGGGGCUCUGAUUAAGGAGAAAGAACAGUCUCGCCAAAAGAAGAGCCGGUUAGAUAACUUACCAUCUCUCCAGAUUGAAGUUAGUCGGGAAAGCAGCUCUGGUUCAGAGGCAGAGUCCUGAUGCCCUUGGGGCCCAAGGCAGCUGCCCUGAAGCCUGACAUUCUUUUGCAGGGUGGGGUGCACAGUAGGAACCCCCCAUGCGGGAGUUGGCGCCCCUCCCGUUCUGGCUCACGCAGUCACCCUCCGCUCUUGCUACUUCAGCAAGACAUCUUAAGAAUGUGACAUGUUUUGAAGGGCAUCUAUCUAAUCUUUUGCUGCAGAGUUAUAGUUCUGGGCCCUCAUUUCUUUUCCCACCACCCCACAAGCUUUUACCCUUUGAGGAAAAGGCAGCCCUCCAGAUUUUGUAGACAUUUUUCUUAAUAUUUUUAACAUUGUGUCUUUUAAAAGAAAUGUUUUACACAGUUCAUCCAAAGAGCAGAGAACUGAACUUCUCACUAUUGCCUUGGCCCUGACAGCUGUUACCAGCACCCUUUUCCCAAGAAAAGUCAAUUCCCAGGUGCUUAUUGGACAGCCUUCGAGGGGGAAGAUGAGGGAAGCUGCCAGCUCACCCUUCCAGGAUCCUAGUGUGGGGGCCGAAUCUCAUGGACCUGACCUCAGAGGUGCACCCGUGCCGCCCAGGUAGAUAAGAGCCGCAGCGUCGAUCGCCCUUCGUUCCUCCCUGGGGAUUUCUGUUAGGGGGCCUUGUUAGCAAUCAGCUUGCAGUGAAGAUCAAGUUCAGUGCUGUGGGAUUUUUAGGAACAAAAAACUGUGACUUUGGGGUGGAUUUUUGUGCUAGGGGGUGGGGUCAUGGGUUAAUGUUGAACAUUUUUAAGUCUGUAUUAUGUUUAAAAAAUAUUAAUGAUUUAAAAGUUUAAAUUUUUAAUUUUUAUAUGUGAAAAUAUUUCCUUUUGGCUACGAGGGAAGCUCAAGUGGUGUCUUCUUAUGUGCUGUUAAAUAUAUAUUAUAUACUUUGGAAGAAGGCAAAGAGGGGAGCCGCAUUAUUUUUAAAUGAUCCCAACUGUAUAGUCUGUCUGUUGUACAUAGAGUUUACCUUGCUUUUUGGCCGCUGUAGGGGAAAAAACCCAUCCACCUGAGAUGGGAACCUGUCAUUUAUUAUCACUUCAGAAGUGAUAACACUGAUAUUUAUUCUUUCUGUCUCCAAGUUCUGGCACUUGAAGACUUCUGCAAAACUGGCAAAUAAGAUAAUAGUUACAGAAAUUUUAGUUCAUUUAUUUCUAAACUUUCAGAUUAUUUUACCAUGAGAAGGUGGUAGGUUAUUUUGUCUUCCUGUCUGAUUUUUAUUUUGAAGUAUUUAGUGUUGUAUUCCUCUGCAGGCUUAAAAACAGUGUCUUACUUCAAUUCAGUAGAGCUUAGGAGUUAAAGAGAAUAAAGCCUGUGUUGCUUGUGUGAUGUCACAGCCCCUCACCUGUCUGGAAUGUUCAGCACCCAGUGCAGCUCAGGGUUCUAGAGCUCUUUGCUCUGCCUGAGCUAAUGGUCACAUGAUUAGUUGAUUGCAGUGCGGUGCGGUGGAGGGCGAACGAACGCUUUGUUUAAUAAAGAAGGGCGGGGAGACUUGAGAGUUGCAACAAGAACUGUGUUGUCCAUAUUUUGUUGGUUAACCUGCUUUUUCCCUCCCUGUAGAAAGAUGAGAGCAUGUAACCAUGAUAUGUUUCAGCUUCCUAGUGGGAUUCUAGGAAAGAGCUGGUUCUGGUUUCCCUGCCAGUUGAGACCUAAGGUUUCUGAGGUUUCUCAGCUCUUUGCCCAUGAAGCACACAGCUGGGAACCAGGUUCUUGAGGAGGGGCCAGGGUCUGGGCGGUUGGUCAAGUGAGAAGUGCAGGGGCUGUAGAGUCAGAGACGCCGACCCCUGGCUCUGCUCCGUGGGCCUGGGCCUCAGUUUCCCCUUCUAGCAAAUGAAUGGGCUGGUACCUGAGCCGCUGGCUUCGUUGGUGCGUCUUAAUGGUGUUUUGCUGUCUCAGAGCGGUGGCUGCAGCAGGCUGGCCAGCACCAGCGUCUGCGGCAGGUGCGGGGAGUGUCAAGGAGACAACUGAGGGUGUGCGUGAGGUUGUGGACGGGACUACCCCCACCCCACUCCAGUCUCUGGGCCACUAGUGAGACAAAGAGGUCCCCGUGGUCAGGGUCCCCACUGACAUGCUCUCUGCAGUGUUCAGAAAACUCCCCUUCUCAGACUUUCCCUUGUGUUUCCCAGUCAUGACCCUUUCCCACCAGUAGUUCAGGCCCACUUGUCCCAUGGCCUUUCAGCCCUCACCAGUCUUUUGCUAGGAAUCAAGGAAGGCUUUCAGGAAGGGCGGUGGUAUGUAGUUAAAACUGUUGUGACCAAGAAAAAUGCCUACUUCAGCAGCCUUGCAGUUCUCACAAACACGCACAGCCCAGAAAAUUACCUUUAAAGACGUUAAGUUUUAUUUCCCAAAGUUAUUGGCCUUAGCCUCUCACUCUCCAGCCCACUCAAGCACUCAGAUCUUGCAGCGUCUUACGAGUGUUCUGGAAGCCCAGGCCCUUUCUUGGGAGCUGGGGAGCAAAGAUGGACAGUCGGUUUAGUCUUUACACAUAUGAGAUUUUAGAUACGUUUUGCUGCUUGAUAAUAAUUACAGAUACCUCAUUUCUGUUUUCCACUCUCCACCUUGGGAGAGGUGCCAACUACCCAGGAGAGCUUGUGGAGCCCAGCACACAAUGGAACCUCUCCUCCCCUGGCCUCCUCUAGCCUGACCCCAUGAGUCCCUCGCCUUAGGUCAGAAACUGUCUUCUCCCACUCCAUCCCUGCAGCAGCCUCUUUACUGGUUCCUCUCCCCUGUCUCUCCUUCUCCAUUCUGCACACUGCAGCUGGGAUGAACUUUCGGUGUUGUUAGCAGCUUCAUUGAGAUAUGAUUUACAUAGCAUACGGUUCACCCAUUUAAAGUGUACAUUUCAGUGGCUUUUAGUAGAUUCACAGAGUUGUGCAUCCAUUGCCAUAAUCAAUGUUAGAAUAUUUUCAUCAUCAAAAAGAAACCCUGUACCCAUUCGCAGUACCCCAUUCCCUGUUCCCCACUGGCAACCACUAACUACUUUUUGUGUCUAUGGAUUUAUCUGUUCUGAACAUUUCAUAUAAAUGGAAAUCAUACACUU